AUCAACACAACCUUUACCCCUACCUCACAGUGGAUUCACUUAUCGAUGUUACAUCGAGAACAUAGAAUUCAUAGGCUAUUCGGACUUUGGUGGAUCCACAAGAUGUAAAACUUAUUGAAAGUAUACCUUUGAGUCGAGUACACUCAGAAGAUAGGGAUGAAUGACAUUUUACAAACAAUAGGAGAUAUACAGUUAAAUAUGGAUGUCAAUUAGAACGAGUGUACCCGGAUAUAGAAAGAAUGCUACCAGAGUAUGGUCCAUCGGUUUUGCUGCUAAAAGUGUAUUGAUGGAAAGUACGAUGUCCACCCAAGAUAAAGCAUUUUUUCUGGCAACUAAUAUCAUGAUGUAUAGCGGUUAAGAAAAAUUUAAGGUCAAGGAAAUCCAAGGAGACACACUAUGUGCGCGAUGUGGAGCACCUGAGGAAUCAAUAAAUCAUGUUUUCUUUGAAUGUCCACCGGUUGUCCUGGUGUGGGCAUUAUCACGGAUUCAAUCGAAUCCAAAAAUUCUUUCCCCUUCAAUCAAUUUAUGCAAACAUGAAUCAUUUAUUUUGGAGGGUAUCCCCGGAAAUGGAAGAUCAUCACUUUGCAUGGAUCUUACGGUAUAUAUGGAAAGCAAGAAACAAUAAAGUUUUUAGCAAUCUGGAUAUGGAUCCGCAAGAUACUCUCAAAUUGGCAGAAACAGAGUCGGUACUCUGGGCUGACGCACAAUUAGCGCUUACUCAGCAAAUCGACCGAACUACAACAGGCGAGACAAUACCGUUUGCAACAGUUUUGAAAAACCGCUCAUCAUCUCCUCUUUAAAUAUCGCCUAUCCUCCUCCUUCAUUUCUCACCACUUUUCACAUCGAAAACCAACAGAGAAAAUUCCUUAGUGUAAGUCAAUAGUUCGAACUAUAAAAUCUACGAAACACUUUCGAACUAUAAACUCUAUGAAACACUUUCGAAGAGCGAAUAUUCGCUUAUGGAUUUGAACUAUAAACUCUAUAAACUCAGAGAAAAUUCAUUCAUUUCUCACCACUUUUAACAUCGAAAACCAACAUAGAAAAUCCCUUAGCGUAAGUCAAUAGCGAAACACUUUCGAACUAUAAACUCUACGAAACACUAUCGAGACCCAGGAUACAUAUUCGCUUCACUUGUCUGCCAUGAUUGUAUCCUGGGACUCGAUAUUUGUACAGUCUUGUCUUACUACAGAGCGAAUAUUUAGAGUUAAGGAAAGAAACUAUAUAUCGACUCCAUGUCCGCUUGCGAAAACACUUUCGUAUCGUUUUUAUAUUCGGUUUUAGAAUCGUCUAUUUCUUUAACAUCGCUUUUAUUAUAUCAUUUAUGUCAAUCCGGUUAUCCAGCUUCUACAUAUAGCUUCAGCUUUCUAUCAUUUUGUUUUCUUCACAUUAAUCUGCAUUGCUAUAGUCUUUGUCUUUUGGUUUCUUCUAGAAGAGGACAUUGUUGUUACAAUGUCUUUCAGAAAAAGUUUUGAUACUUAAAACUUUUCCUGAUACCUUACCUUUGCAUCAGGUCGUGGAGAUAAAAAAAAAAAGGCUAUGUCUUUAAGGUGAAACAAAGCUCAAAAGGUUCUUUUAAGCAUCUCUUACGUAUUUCGGAAACCACACAUCAUCUUUAAAUGUCAUGCUGAUCAAGAACCUAUUCAUUCUUUACAUUUCCAACUUAUUAAAAACAUUUCUUUUUCGAAUUGGUUUUGUUGAUUGAUGGGUGAUAGUAGUAUAUAUAUACACACUUCUCAUUCUUGUUAUCAUCUAGUUUACCUCUUAACAAUACUAGAGCUUUAUCAGUUAUAAUGUCAGGCUAUGCCAAGACAACAUAUGGAGGAAAGAGCAAAUUUGUUGAUGAAGCUUGUGCAGUUCACCCACCGAAACAGAGUGAUAUCAUCGGUAAAGUCAUCAUCUUUACCCUUGUAGGGCUUUGCAUUCUGCUCUGCCUCUUCAUCAGCAUCGGUUUCUAUGUCCUAGCCAAGCCACUUAAAACAAGCGUGACGUCCGUGGCUUUAAGAAACCUCAGGUACAACGAUACAUCGUCAUCAUGGCCUUAUUUCAACGCGACACUAGCUAUGAAGAUCAGAAUAGAGAAUCCAAAUUUCGGCUUCUUUGAGUUUCCAACUAGUAAAGGAGAUAUCAUGUACAAUGGUCGACUUGUUGGUGAAAUAAAGAUUAAUGGACAGCGAGUGGGUUCAUACAGUGCCAUCAGGACAGCGGUUAGGACAGAAGUGAGUUACAGAGAGAAUAAGGCAUCAUCUGUUUGGUUGAGGAAUGAUAUAAAGAGAGGGUUGAUUAUCCUCAAGAUUGAAGCUAAACUGAGAGGUGAAGUACACUUGGUGGCUUUGAACAAGAGAAGUGUGAAUUUGAAGUGUUUGAUGUAUCUUAAUCUGAAAGAUGAAGUGAUUCAACGUUUGUGGUGUAAAUGAAAUCUCUCUUAGUUUAGGUUUAGCGUUUAUGUUGCUCAGUUGAUAUUGAAAUACUUUGGUUGUAUAUUAAAAUAUAUCAAUGGAUUGAUUUACAAUUA